CGUCAUCGAUUUUUCAUGGACGGCCGACGGACAGUCAGCGGGAUCAGAGUCUGAACUACAAAAUCGUCACAAAAUUAGUAUUUAUACCGAAAUCUAUUUCCAAAAAGGAAUAAUUUUCAGUUGCAAUUCGAUAUAAUAGUUUGGCUGAACAACCAUGGCUUCGUGGGAGAUUCACGAUGAUAUGAACUUUUAUAUUACAGCUGAUAAGUUCUACAUUGAACCAAAUGGGAAAAGCGAGGUUUUGAUAAUCGACCGGAUCAGCCAGGAGAAAUCGAUUCAGGUGAAAACAAACCAGCUUCCGCAGGGCAUUCAGGUACGCAAGAUAUGUGGUAUACUGGGUGUGAUCAAGCUGAUCAGCGGAUUCCAUCUGGUGGUGAUGACGCACCGUAUAUUCGUUGGGAUCAUCAACUCACAGGUCAUCUGGCGUUUGGCCGGAUUCGACAUCAUCCCCUUCGUUCCGUCCCUGACGCAUCUGAGUGAGACACAGAAAGCGCAAAACAGUGUCUACUUGGCGAUGGUCCGGCAAGUUCUGGACACACCGUACUACUACUUUUCGUACACCUACGAUAUCACUCACACGCUACAACGGCUACAUUGUAUGCCACCGGACUUUAUGCAGACUGCACUGUACGAGAGGUCGGAUUCGAGGUUCGUUUGGAAUGGUUACCUUUUGAAGUAUUUCCAUCGACCCGAUUUGAGACAGUACAGCUUGCCGCUGAUCUUGGGAUUCGUCUCAAUCAACGAUGUCCUGGUCAACAAUCACAGUUUCCAGUGGAUUCUGAUCUCCCGCCGGUCGGUGCAUCGGGCCGGGACGCGUCUGUUCUGUCGCGGAAUCGAUCAAACUGGCAACGUCUCGAACUACGUGGAAACGGAACAAAUUGUCGAUGUCCGUGGAGAUAAGGUGUCCUUCGUGCAAACGCGUGGAAGCAUUCCCCUGUUCUGGCGACAAACGCCAAAUCUCAAGUACAAGCCUCCACCGGAGCUGGUGGCUGGGCGGGACCAUCUGAUCGCCUGCUCGAAACAUUUAGAUGCGCAGUUGAUUCACUACGGACGCCAGGUGCUGGUAAAUCUAAUUGACCAUCGGGGAGCGGAAGAUGUAUUGGAGAAAGCCUUCGCCACGACGAUUUCCUCCCUGGGUAACCAGAAUGUGCGUUACGAAUCGUACGAUUUUCAUGCCGAGUGCCGCAAGAUGCGAUACGAUAGGCUGCAUAAUUUGAUUGCCAGACUGGCCCACGAGCAGGACGAAUUUGGUAUGUUCCACUUGAGAAGAGAUGGAAAUCUGAUGUCCUCGCAGGAUGGCGUCUUCCGGACCAACUGCAUUGACUGUUUGGAUCGCACCAACGUUGUCCAGAGUAUGUUGGCGAAGCGUAGUUUGGAACAGAGCCUGAUCAAACUGGGCGUUCUAACGACAGGGCAGAGGAUCGAUCCGAGUUCAACAUUCGAGUGGCUGUUUAAAAAUGUAUGGGCCGACAAUGCGGAUAUGAUUUCCACCCAGUAUUCGGGAACUGGAGCACUCAAGACCGAUUUCACCCGAACCGGCAAACGCACCAAGAUGGGGCUUCUCAAGGACGGUUCCAAUUCGUUGACGCGCUACUACAAGAACAAUUUCAACGAUGGCUUCCGACAGGAUGCGAUUGAUCUAUUCCUUGGAAAGUACGUGGUCAAGGACGGUGAAGGCCUCACCGUUCAGUGUCCGCUGGUGAUUCAGAAAGGAUGGAAAUAUGGAACAUUCCCAGUAGUUUUGUUGUUUGCAUUUGCAAUGUUCUUCACGUCGGCGGUCUAUCCGCAGGAGUAUAACACCGAGAGCUUACUUUUCAUACUUUUCUGGGGCUCGAUGGUCGCUGUAACCGGAGGCGGUAUACUCAAGUAUGGCGUGGAGUUUGUCGACUGGCCCAAGCUGGUGCCGGCGAUACGGUCCAGCAACAAGAUGGAAGCUUGACGUUAUCGGUAGGAUGGAUGUUCUUCAUUGUUGUUGCGGUGCAAUUAUUUUUUAUUAUUUCCAAACUUAUUGUACAGUACUUUAUGGGUUAAGUAUCAUUGUAGUAGGUCUUAUUAGUGGUUCCAGUUAUCGAAUUUAAAGGCGCACGCUGUCAUAUCCUUUUUUCCAGUUUUAAUGGUUCAGUCUUUGAGCCAUGAGAUGGUGAUUCCAUUAAAUUCCCUAGGCAUUCGUCAGUAGA